AUGCAACUUCUCGUGGCUAGCAUGUUCGGCAUGACUAUAUCAGGUCGUGACAGGUCUCCGUUCAAAAACACUGCUGCCCUGCUUUCAUCUGCAGCUUCAGCCUCGCAGAGCUCGCCACACAUCCGCGUGGCCAUGACGAAGUCCACGCCCCUGGUGGCAGGUGCCUUAGGCACCGCGCUGUACUUCGCUUCGCCGUCCUUUGUGCCACCAGCGGCGCCGCAUGCCGCCACGGCAGCCCCCGAGAACAUCCAGAGGUCUGCGCCUGCUGGGGGUGCCUUUGGCCUGGGCGCCACGGCCGUGACUGCAGCUGCUGCCAUGGGCUCCGUGGCUGCGGCGCGUCAGCGUGUGGCACGGAAGGCAGAGGCCGUGUUGGAGGAGGCAGAGCCCCCCUUCGACCCCAAGAAGGAGCCAGGUGUGACGCUUCCAUUGUUUUACUUCGAUCCGCUGGGCUUUGCCAAAGAAGGCGAUCGUGAAGGCUUCUACCAGCUGCGUUCUGCAGAGCUCAAGCACGGACGUGUGGCGAUGAUCGCCUCCCUUGGCAUGGUCUUCCAGCACUGGUUCCGCCUUCCAGGCUUUGAGGACGUACCUUCCGGAAUCCAGGCUGCCAUCACACCCCCCGGCACCUUUGGGCUGCUGGCCAUUGUAGCCUUGGGUGGAGCCCUGGAAUUCACCAUCUUUAAGCAGGACCCGGAGAUGGACCCAGGCGACUUCGGAGAUCCGGCAGGCUUCGGCCAGACCUACACGGAGUGGAAGGACCGGGAGUUGAACAACUGCCGCAUGGGCAUGGUGUCCUUCCUCGGCAUCGUCGUUGCUGAGCUUGCUACCGGCAAGGAUGGUGUGGAACAGAUCUGGACUCCCCUGGGAAAUCUCAAGCCGGAGUGA